AUGCGUACUUAUCUUAAGAACUGCCACGUCAGCCUGACAAGCACAACGCUAGAUGCCAUCUUGCCUAGAGACAUAAUAGCCGAGGAGCGGGGCCAGGAACAUGAAGUUGAGCUCUUGAAUGGGACCGGCUACUACUCCUUUACUUCAGGCAGACACGCUUGCGAUUCCUGCAUGUUUAUUUCGCAAGUUUUGAACCUCUGGCGAUUUCGCAAUUAUAGAGAGGUGCGCGAAGGUCGCGUGUCUCUGCACUACGUGUUUCGCUUUGAUGGAACCAAUGGGUAUGCCUUAAAAGCUCUACGAAACGAUACAGGCGGCGAUAAUUUCCUUAUUGAUUGCCCUAUCACGGCAGCUACUGAUCUCGAUAUCGGCACGCCUCUAAAGCUUCAGCCACCGUUGUCUCAUAUCACCGAAGAGACUCUAUCGUGGAUGAAAUCAAAGCUGGAGUCGUGUGUAUUACACAACCACUUCAACCCCGACAAGACCUUCAUUCCCGAUCGACUUAUCGAUGUUAGAGGAGACCAGCUGAGCCUAGUCCUCACCAAGCACUUCCAACCUCGAGACGCCGAUAGCCAUCGAUAUACUGCCCUGACGUACUGUUGGGGCCCAGAGCCUCAUGCAAGUAAACAGCUCAAGACGACCAGCGUCAAUAUCCACCAGCAUCUUCAGCAUAUCCCAGAAUUCUCUUUACCACAGGUUAUCAAGGAUGCUGUGGCUGUAACAAGAACUUUAUGCAUCCCAUUUCUUUGGGUAGAUGCCCUGUGCAUUCUUCAAGAUGAAACCUCAGAUUGGGACAAGCAAUGUGUCGUGAUGGAACGAAUCUAUGGCAACGCCCAUUUGACCCUUGCAGCUGCAUCGUCUGACAACUGCGAGGAAGGAUUCAUCAAAAAGAAAGAUAGAAUAGUCCUGCCUUUUAGAAGGACACCUCACGACAUCCAGGUCUUUGGCAUAUACUCUCCUCGCUACGAAGAAGAGACGGGGAGAGAAAUAUCCCCUAGUGCUUGGUUCCAGAGAGGCUGGACGUUCCAAGAACGCCUCGCAUCAACUCGCAUCCUUGUAUUUGCAAACGAAAACAUCCAUUUCAUAUGCAAAUUCUUCGGCGAAUCGAUGGGAAGAGAAAGAUUUACACCUCUGGGCCUUUAUGACAUGCUUGACCGCGUGGCAAUCGAUUCGGGCAGCACAACAGCUAUCUAUCAAGAAUGGAACGAAAUAAUAGAACAAAUCUGCUCCAAGACCCAUGAGCUUACGCGGAAGACAGACUUCCUUCCUUCCAUUGCGGGCAUCGCAUCGCUAUUGAGUAAAAGGCUGGGCAAUGACUACAUAGCUGGAUCAAGACGACCGGUACCUACAUAUCACGGCCUACUGAGGGAAUUGGAAAGUCCUUCUCCAUACAUUGCCCCCUCCUGGAGCUGGGCUAGUCGACACGAAAAGCUCAUAUUCGGCUUAUAUCUUCCGGAACUUACUGGUUGUCAACCCGAGUUCGAUAGCCUGGAGACAGAUGUCACGUUGCGCGGCGAGUCAGUCUUUGGUGAGGUGGAAAAUGCCACACUUGUUGUCACUUCUAAGCUGUAUAAUGGCUCACCGAGGAUUACAUACCGUUGGGCUUUGGAUAAAAACGGCCAUAGCCGUAACACUGUUAGGUUCGACAGGCGAUAUCUUGCUGAUAUUAAGCCCGAUUUCUCUCCUGAGUCCGCAUUCGAGUCAUCCAAACCUCUUACACUUGUAGAGCCCAUUAGUUUCCUACUGAUUAGUACCAUUCAACGAGAAACAUAUGCAGGGGACUUUUCAUCGGGAUAUUCUGAUAGCUCUGAAGCUCUUAGCGAUGAGGAGGCCGAUGCUGGGUUCACUUCUGAGUCGUCGAGCGCUUCCACCGCGAGUGCUGAAAGUGGUGGUGAUUUGGAGAAGAAGGCUAUGUCCAUAAGAGUGGCUUAUGGCCUGUUAAUCCACCCAACAGGCAAUCCGAAUGAAUAUUAUCGAGUGGGAACAUUCUUUUCGAGCCCUGAAUAUGGUGGGGGUCUGUCGGUCUUUGAUGAUGUCGAAAUUACAACACAAAAAUAUUACCAAGACACGAUCAUUACACCUCAGCCUCCCUGCUUCUUCGUAGGUCAGUAUUCUUUCAGCCCUUUUGAGAACGAGACGCUAAAGAAUGAAGGUAAUAAGAUGGCUCACCAAGCUCCAGGCUCUGAGCCUGCUUCCACUCAGCAAGACCUUCCGAAAACACCUCCCAGCAAAAGGCCAUCACAGUAUGUUUUUGACUCGAACGGCGAUACUCGGAUCAUUCUUAGCACAUACAUGGCCCAGAUCGUUAAAUGGGAGGCAGAUAAAAUUUGGAUAGAGCAAGAGAAGCCUACGAAGGCAUAUUGCAAAGGGAAGAGGUGGGAAAAGAAGAAAGAGGAGAGAAUCAAACUGUCCCCACCGACUACGCCACCACCUGCGCCAGAGGAGUCUCCCCCUACAACCUCAACCUCGCUAGAAGGCGCUACCAACAGAACUGCCAUAGACUGGGAAUUUUCGGACUGCGACGAUACGGAUGCGGGUUGUGUUGACCCUGGAACGAAUCAAGACAGCACAAGCAUUCAAACACAAGAUUGGGACUAUGGAGAAACAUGCAUACCUCACCUUGAGAUACAGUUUCGAAUACUAGUCUCAGGAAAGCACUUAGAGCUGGCUUCACCUGUCUUCAAAACAAUGGUCACUGGUCCUUUCGCUGAGGGAAGAGCUGAUGCAUCAGGUUUUCACCUGAUUACAGCUAGCGACUGGGAUCCUGAAGCUUUCAAGAUCAUCCUCACUAUCAUGCAUGGAUAUAAUCGAGAUGUCCCAAGAUCACUCAGUCUUGAAAUGCUUGUAAAGGUGGCUAUGAUUGUGAACUAUUACGAUUGCCUCGAGAGCGUCGAACUAUACACAGACGUUUGGCUAGAAGGGUUGAGUCAGAAAUUAAUCGAAGCCCCGGAUUUCCCGAUUCCAGACUCCGUUCUUAAAGAGAUCGACAUAGCACGUCAAAGCGCUCUCGCUGAAAUCUUCUCAGGAAUCUACGAGCUCCUCGACCGUCUACAAGAAGAACAAGAGUGUUCCUUUGAGUGCUCAUCCAUGCUCCUGGGUAUCCUAACGAAGGAACUCAGCAAACAUGGGAUUCUGUACCCGCGGAACGGCCCGCCGUUCGAUGGUUUCAGUAUUGAAGGUUCUAAGGAGAUGAUAAAAAGGUUGAAGAAGCCUAAAUGGUCCGGCAGCUGGGAUCACAGGCAUUCCUGGCAUUCCUGUUAUGUUCAGAACAAGCUGUCCAUUUCUCUGGCAAAGGUGGAAAGCGCUCUGCCCGUCUUUGACCUCCAGGACUUUCAGGCUACAAAAAAUCAUACGCGUGGCUGA